AUGGCGGCGGACGUGUGUGCUGUCGAGAACCGCCUGGAGCUGACGGCGGCCGCGGACGUGCGCCGUGCCCGACGUGUCCGUUUGUUGGAAUUAAGACUCCCCGUCCAUUUGCUUCGUGACCGCCUGUGGCCGGUGUGCGCGGCCUCCACAGCUCAGUCUGCAAGGCCCCGCAAGCCAGCCCGGCAGGGGCAGCCUGGUCCCCAAAACACAGGCGAGACUGCAGGCGGGGCCGGGCUGUCAGCGCCCCCGUUCGCCACCAGAGGGCAGCAUCGCCUCGCUGAGCGCAGUCCGCCGCCGAGUCUGGUGGCCUCUGCUGAUUGGCUAACCCCCACCGUCUCCCUGGCAACCGUCUCCUCCCUCUCCCAGCGCCCCGCCCGCCGCCAGGGGCCAGUGCGAUGCGCGGCCGCCGCCCAGCCGCCCUGUCCCCGCGCCUGGGCCCUGGACCCCGGGCCAGCCCCGCGGCGGCAGCAGCUGGGGCCCCUCCCAGCUUCCCUGCUUGCACCGGGGCCGAGGAGGUCCCCGUGCCCGUCUUUCCCACUUUCUGCCCGAAACCGAGGGAGGGACAGAGGGCGAGCUCGCAUCCAGGGCAAACGCCGCUGCCGCCUCGCUCGGAGCAGCCGGACACUCCCAGGCCCCGGCUGCCCUUUCCUGCCCGACAGACGGCGGCGGCGCGGGCAUCGCAGAGGAAAACACGCCCUAGCACAACGGGCGGGAGCUCGCCCCGCUGGCACAGGCGAGAGGCUGAUGAAACGGGAGACGCUGGCGGCCGCCUCUGGUCCUCCUGGGCCAUCUGGAGUCCGUCCAUGGGCGUGUUCCCGGCCUGCCCCACGUUCCAGAAGGUUCCACACAUCGGUCCCAAACAUCGCCAUGGCAACAGCCUCCUUCCUUUUUAUUAAACAUGAAUAAAAAGGCUUUCAAAGGAGAGCAGCCGGUGUGCGCCCAAGGCCCCCUGGCACCUGGCUCCCAGGUGGGAGGUGCAGGUGCCCCAGCCCCCGGGCUCCCCGAGGAAGGGCUUGGGGAGUCUGUGUGUUCGCUCAGCCCUCCCCGGGGUUCCACCUGGGGCUCCCCUGCCCCCUCUUCCCCGGCCCCUUCUUCCUCAUCCUUCAGUCAUGGCUGAGACCCCGAGACGCCUGGCUGGGCUGCGGGCUCGCUCUGCACGCCCUGGGCCC